AGUGAGAAGGAGAAAUAUUUUGUCGUUGAAUUUUCUGGUUUAAUUGACCGUCUUGCUAUGAAGGACAAACUCACCUCAGCAAAAUUCAUCGGCAUUGAAACAAACGAGCCAAUGUUGCAAAUAGAUAAUUGUUUCUUUCGAGAAGUGGUUUGACUGGCAGAGAAUAAGCAACGUUUUCCUCAACUCUUUUUCUCUUCCAUUUCCCCCUGGUUAGCAUUUCUUUUCAUUUCCACUAAUUAUUGUCACCAAACGUAAAAUGUAAAAUUGUCACCAUGAUUGGCAUUAAAACAAUAAAUUCUCACCCAAAAAUUUUUUGGUGAAAAUCAUAAACAUCUAUAGAGCAAUCAACUAUUUUUCCCUCUGUUCUUUGAUCUUUUUCCUCAUCCUCAUCCUCAUCUUUCAUUUUCUAUGUUUUCUAUUCUCAAUGUUUUGUGUUUAUCCUUCUUCUCCUCUCUCCUUUAACCUCAAUUCCAUUUAACAAGUGUUCAAAAAAAAAUGUCUUACCAAGAUAGAGAAAAAAAUUCACCCAAUUUCUAAUCAGUGGUUCCAGUGGUUUUCAUGAAUCUCCAUUAGUGUCUUCAAGUUUACAGAGAAUUUUUUCAAAUAAUCUCUUUUUUCUGCCUCUCUUUGUCUCUUUCUUUGUCUUCUACAUCCUUUUGUUUUCUCAAUUCUCUGGAAUCUCCUUUGGAUCAUAAUAAUCUCACAUCUCACGAUUUUCCCCCUCACCAAUCGUCUAAUUAACGCGCCAUCAUAAUUUUCUUGUUGUUCUUUAACAUUUGGAACAUGAUAAUCCACCAGCAUAAUAUGAAAACCAUUUGACUGGUGACAUAUUUAUAUGCAAAUCUAUCACUGACUUGGAACACGAAUCUAACAAAAUUAACCGGAAAAUCUGUUGUCUCAUGAAAACAUCGGAUUGGAAACAAUGUUUGUACUGUUGCGAUAUGUGAAGAGCUUGAAAGCUUCACCACCGAGAUUGAAAUAUUACCAAACAUGUUUCACUCUAACAAUUGUUUUCUUUUUGAUGGCCAAUUUAACCUGGUUUGAAACCGCAUUCAAAGAGACAUUUAUUUAUUCUCGGACAGGGCGUUGGUGCCCUCGAUGUUCACCGAAAGCAUUUAUCGACCGUCAACUGAUCAACUCAACUGAAUCUUACGUAAUCUCCAAACCAAAUUUGUGUAAAAAUUCUGAACCUUUAGCGUUCAUCAUGAUAAUUUCCAGUAUCCGAUCAAAAGAGCGACGAGAUCAAAUAAGAGCAACAUGGAUGAAAGAUGCUCUCUCAGUUGGAAUGAAGGUUCUCUUCUCACUGGGAUCUUCCGUUUUCCAUGAGGAUUCAACAGAAAUUCUAAUGGAAGAUGAAAUUAAUCAAGAUAUUCUGCAAUUCAACCUUGUCGAUGAUUGGAGGAACUUGACUCUCAAAACAAUCGCCUCUCUCUCAUGGUACAAAAGCCACUGUUCUCAGGCGAAAUAUUUUAUUAAAGUGGACGAUGAUGCGGUCAUUAAUGUGGACAAUUUGGUUACCAAUUUAGCCACUUUUUCAAAUUCUCAUGCAAUCAUUGGCCAUCUUCUCAAAUCUAAUGGUCCUUGUUUCGUUUGGUGGAAACAGAGACAUUGUAUGCCUUUCGAGGAUCAUCAUAAGUUAAAUUACCUCGAUUAUUAUCCGCCCUACCCUGCAGGUCCCAUGUACGUACUGACUCGAGCCGCUGUGAUACUAUUAGUUAAUCAUGCUAAAUUAACUUCUCGGAAGGAUAUUUAUUUUCUGGAGGAUGUUUACAUUACUCUAUUAGCUCGUGAAAUUGGCAUCGAUUUGGUUGACAAUCCUCAAUUUCUGUUCUGCUCUCAAUUGAAUGAAAGAAAUUUCCAAGAGAAAGUGGCCAAUUCCAUCGUGAUUUAUGAUUGCUCAGCGAAACAAUUUGAUUCUAUCUGGUCGUUAAUUCAACGAAAUUAACAAAAUUCUAGUUUUUCCUCUCUCUCUCUCUCUCUCAACUCUAAAUACCAACAAAUCAGGAGAUUUGCAAUGAUUCUUGUGGUCCCCAACUCGUGAUGAGUGAAAAUGAUUCUGUGACCAAUAUGAUUAACUUGAAAUCAGUACAUCAUUUCAUGGUAAUCAGCAAAUUCUAACCUGAUCAAUUAUCUCCCAAGCCAAGAAAUGAUCUAAAUACCAAUCGAUUAAUAAUAUAAUCAACUAACAAUCAAAUCUUUGCUAAAAAAGGGUUUUUUUCUCGCUCCCUUUUUUUCCCAGGAUAAUACAAACCAAAAAGCUUUGUUUUUUUUAAUUAAGUUGAUUGAAUCUCAUUGAAAACAAUGAAAACAAAAACAAACAAUUGCUUCUCACCUCAAUUGAUUUGCUUUAAUUCUGGUCUAAAUCAAUGAAAGUCAACUCCUUGUUCACCAUUUCUUUCACCAAUCGAUGCUAUUUUUUUGCUUCGAUAUCGAUAAUUGAAUUAAAUCUUCAUUACAAUAAAAGUUAUUGAUUAAAUGA